UCAUCGUCCGCUCAACUCUCCCCCCGCAAUAAGUCUUACCGAUUUCCUUGUCUCCGAAUCCCAACUCCACCUCUCCUAUACAUUCCCACCCCUCCUUCAUGACUCUCUGUCAACUACCGUGUAACCACUCAUGCGUGCCUCUCGGGGCUAUUGUUUCAUCCUCUUAUCCCUACGGCAACUCGACAGACGAUCCCCUCUCGAACACCCCCUACAUUGAUUGCCAUUUGUGCGACAGAGCCAAGAUCCCUUGAAAAUAUAAACUCAGUGCCCCGCGAUCUGGGCACUUGAAACUCCCGCAAUAUGAACAUAGACGAAUUUCUUGCGAUGGUGUCGAACUGCGACCUAGACGGGAUUAUCGACCUCCGCUCCCUGGAAUACGUCUCCAGUUAUGAUGACCAUCUCAUGUGUGCAAUAUGUCAUUGCCCCUACAUACGUCCAGUUAGACUGCAGUGCGACCAUGUCUUCUGUCAAAAAUGUCUCAACACAGCGAUCACUACCUUCGCCACCGGUCGGGACGAGUUCAGAUGCCCUACCUGCCGAACCCCAGCGAGAGGUAUAUUCCUCAACGUCCCUCGAUUCUUGAUCAAUAUGUGCGAUGAUAUACGGGUAAAGUGUCCGUUUGAGGCUGAAGGGUGCAAGGAGGUCGUCCCAAGAGGUCAUGUUCAAUCCCAUGUCGACAAGUACUGCGGCUACAGACUUAUGGACUGCCCAGACGUCUACUGCAGGAAGAAGACUCGAAAGAAGGACCUGAGCACAGAGAACAAAUGCAUGCAUGAACUACACAGAUGCUUACGCUGUGAUGAGGAGAUCAUGGAACAAGAUUAUGAGGAACUAUGCCCAAGUCUGAAAACCACCUGCCCUGACUGUGAGGCUACGGUAUUUCGCAAGGCUUUGAGAGAGCACAUAGAUUCAUGUCCAGAGGCCAUCCAUAGCUGUACAGCAUCUAAAUACGGGUGUCCCGUCAAAUUAAAACGGGCAGAACUAGUGACGCAUGAGCAGACUUGCCCAUUGAUCACCAUGGGGCCAUACUUUGAAGCUCAGAAUGCGCGACUCGAUUCCUUAGAGUUGACUAUCCGUCACCUCCAGCAGCGAAAUGAGAUCUUCGAGGAUGGGCUUGCAAAUAUCCGUUCUACUCUUGUCGAAUCGUCCCGUGCAAUCUCUGGACGAAACCCAGACAUUCCGGCCGAGUCAGGCAAUGAGGAAAGGCCCUCGAACCCAUCAGAGCUAUUGAAUGAACAAUAUGACAAUGCCAAUAACUUCUCGUCCAAUGCGACUACGUACCUACUGGCCCUCCAUGAAUCUCUUCGGGAAGAAGUCGGGCAGUUGUCACAUGCAAUCACGGAUUUAGAUGCUCGCGCCAGCAUGGCCAUUAUGAACGAAUGCCUUCGACUAAAGGAGGAUAUGGCUCAUACGAACGCUGCUGUCAGUAGCGUUCGAAUGCAGGUGCAAUGGCUCAUGAACCCUCGCAUCCACCAAGGUCAACGGACGGUUCGCACCAAUAGCGGCAAUAGCGGCAAUGAAACGCGAGCCGGCCAGCUAGGCCCCUCGGCAUCAGGACCCAGCAAUGUUGCUGGCCCUUCUCCGGGAUCUUUUCGGCCCCGACGACUCAGCGACAGCGGACGCGAAGGGACCAAACUUUGAUACGGUGUGUAUACACGCUACUUAAUUCGACUCAACGAAUAACGAUAUCUACUCUACUACUCUACUAGAUUCGGGUCUGACGGGAUGGCGCUGUGUUUUCCUCGGCUGACUUUUUGAUACCCAGCGUCCACUUUUGUGAAAUAUAUAGUAGUCUAUAGAUAGCCUUGUGCCUUGUGCAUUCCUGGUGAUAAUUGUUUGUUUAGACUCUCUAUGCCACUGUUUCACUUUCUUAAUGACUUGUUUAAGUAUAUAGAGUGCUCUUUUUCAACGAACUACCCAGCCAUCUUACGUGUUGGCUGUAGGACGAGUACAACCACGCUUUGUUAGUUUUGACAAGACUAAAUCUGCACCAUGACAAAGA